AUGGUUGUACAAGGAUUCUUGGAGUUUAUUUCAGCACCAAUGAUUCAUGCAAAACUACAAUCAAAAAGUCUUCAAGAGAAAUUUAAGAGCUUGCUGGAAAUGGGGACUCAUAAAAAUCUCGAUACUGAGUUCCAUAAUAAAAUCUGGGCUGAAGAGCAACGAAAAUUAUGGGAAGCCCAAAAAUUAAUCAUUGAUCAGUUGGAAAGUAGUAAAGGUCGUGCAGAAGCAGCAUUUGAAGAAGUGAAACAAGUGCUUUUUGAGGAAUGUAAUAUAAUUUUGUCAAACGUUUCUACUUUUGAUCCUAGUGUUGAAGAAGUUGAUUAA